AUCGAGCAGCUGGAUCCCCGUGGUCGGACUCCCCUGCACCUGGCCACCACACUGGGGCACCUGGAGUGUGCCCGGGUGCUUCUGGCGCAUGGUGCAGAUGUGGGCAGGGAGAAUCGCAGUGGCUGGACAGUGCUGCAGGAGGCUGUGAGUACCCGGGACUUGGAGCUGGUGCAGUUGGUGCUGCGGUACCGGGACUACCAGCGGGUGGUGAAGCGGCUGGCAGGCAUCCCUGUGCUCCUGGAGAAACUGCGCAAGGCCCAGGACUUCUACGUGGAGAUGAAGUGGGAGUUCACUAGCUGGGUGCCCCUGGUGUCCAAGAUCUGCCCUAGUGAUACCUACAAAGUAUGGAAGAGUGGGCAGAACUUGAGGGUAGACACUACGCUCCUGGGCUUUGAUCACAUGACAUGGCAGCGAGGGAACCGAAGCUUCGUCUUUAGGGGUCAAGACACAAGUGCCAUAGUCAUGGAGAUUGACCACGACCGCCGGGUAGUAUACACAGAGACAUUGGCACUGGCGGGGCAAGACCGGGAGUUGCUGCUGGCGGCGGCCCAGCCUACAGAGGAGCAGGUGCUGAGCCGCCUCACUGCACCUGUUGUCACUACGCAGCUUGACACCAAAAACAUCUCCUUUGAGAGGAACAAGACCGGCAUCCUGGGCUGGCGCAGUGAGAAGACAGAGAUAGUGAAUGGGUAUGAAGCCAAGGUAUAUGGGGCCUCCAAUGUAGAACUCAUCACACGGACUCGGACGGAACAUCUUUCAGAACAGCACAAGGGCAAGGUCAAAGGUUGUAAGACACCUCUGCAGUCUUUCCUGGGAAUUGCUGAGCAGCAUGGUGGUCCUCAAAAUGGGACCUUGAUUACUCAGACCCUGAGCCAAGCCAACCCCACUGCCAUCACUGCAGAAGAAUACUUCAACCCCAACUUCGAGCUUGGCAACCGGGACAUGGGCCGUCCCAUGGAACUGACCACCAAGACACAAAAGUUCAAGGCUAAGCUGUGGCUGUGUGAGGAGCACCCCCUGUCCCUGUGUGAGCAGGUGGCCCCCAUCAUUGACCUCAUGGCUGUUAGCAAUGCGCUUUUUGCCAAGCUGCGGGACUUCAUCACCCUGCGUCUGCCUCCUGGCUUCCCAGUCAAGAUUGAAAUUCCAAUCUUCCACAUCCUCAAUGCCCGCAUUACCUUUGGGAACCUCAAUGGCUGCGACGAGCCUGUGCCUUCCGUCCGAGGCAGCCCCAGCAGCGAGACCCCCUCCCCAGGUAGUGACUCCUCCAGUGUCAGCAGUUCCAGCUCUACAACCUCAUGCCGCAGCUGUGAGAUCUCCCCAGCCUUGUUCGAAGCCCCACGCGGCUACAGUGUGCUGGGUGGCCAGCGAGAGGCAACAGCCCGGGACGAUGACGACGACCUGCUGCAGUUUGCCAUUCAGCAGAGCCUGCUUGAGGCGGGCAGUGAGUAUGACCAGGUCACAAUCUGGGAGGCGCUAACCAACAGCAAGCCAGGCACCCACCCUAUGUCCUAUGAGGGUCGCCGACAGGACAGGAGCGCCCCGCCGACGCCACAGCGACAGCCCGUGCCCCCAGCCCCAGUCCCCAGUCCAAGGCCCAGUCCUGGCCCCGGCUCCAGCGGCCGCAUGUUCCCGAGUUACGACGAGCAGCUGCGGCUGGCCAUGGAACUGUCUGCGCAGGAGCAGGAGGAGCGGCGGAGGCGUGCGCGCCUGGAGGAGGAGGAGUUGGAGCGCAUUCUGCGGCUCUCGUUGACCGAACAGUAGCGCCCCCUGCUGGGCCCCUCGCCCACUCCAUGCACAACCCCACGCGGGGCCAGAGCGCAACAUGCCGGGGCCAGUGCACCUGCCGAGCUGCGGCUGGAGUCUGGAGCCACCGCCUCAGGCGUGUGGCAGCGCACCAGGCACAAGACGGGGAGGGGUUUGACCUGGGCGCGGGAUAACUUUCCAGGCCAGGGCCCUGGAGGCAACUGGAACUGCCAGAACCUCUUUGUUUGGCUGUAUCUUGACCCCCUAAUCCGCUUCUGUGGGCUCAGAUAUGCCCAAGGGCGGAGCCAGGUGGUCCUGAAGAGGAAACUGUUAGAGGAGCAUUGUCUCCAUCUCUGGCUCCUGGCCGGCCCUCCUUCCCGCUCACUGACCCCAUUCCAGGACACUGCCCCUGAAGCCUUUGCAUCUCCGCUCUUCACCCCCUGGGAGGCAGCUGAGCUUCCCGUGUGCUGUGUUGCUGCUUUGUCCCAGACACAAACCAGCACAUCAGGGGCCCAGCAUCCCUGCCCUCCACAUCCCGUCAUUUCAGCGUCAAGUGCACUUAGCGGGGUGCCCUGCUUCCUCAACCCCCACACCCAUCCUGGGUCUCAGGGUGGUCCCAGCUUCUCCUCGGGCAGCCAGAAGUUGGAAUCCCCAUGCUCAAGGCACAUUUUUCUGAUCAGGUUGUGUGUCCAAGGUCGCCCCCCGCCCCCCGGCCUGGGCAAGGCCUGACUACUUUGUGGUGCCUUGAAGAGUGUGUAUGUGGGGCGGGGAAGGUAUUGGGCUGGGGGCAAGCACUAGAUCUGACACAAAACUGGCUACAAAGGGGUUGCCGAGGACCCUGGCACCACCACCUACCCUUCCCACCAGCUGCUGCUAGCCCUCUGUGGUUGUGCAUCCUUGUCCCCGCUCUGGGGGCUGACUAACCCUUCAUCCAAUGGUGCUAACCCCCGGCUCUCCCCACCCACCACAGAAGCACAGGCCCUGCCAGGGGCAGGGGCCCACCGCACACUCUUGUCCAUGGCCUCUUGUACUGGCCUUUCUGCUCAGCCAGUGAGGCUUAGAAGGGGACAGAAGAAAAGAGCAACAACAACAAAAAUGUCCUUCCCACUCCCUUUCCUGAUGCCAGGGGCACCAGACUGAUUAUGAGGCACAAAUAAAAGAGGCUUCA